AUGCUUUGCAGCCUCCUGUCACUACCGGUCGAUGUCGUUCGACGACUAGACCAGUAUUCUCUCGAUUCCUCCACCGGCAUCUCGGCCGCCCUUCAAUCACAUGCUCAAUGGACCGUCGAGAAUUUCCCGGAUGCUGAUAGAGCGUCUUCAAUCCUGCAGGCACAAUGGAUGUUACAAAAAUCCCGCGACAUGGGAGCAAGACGAGUGCUGGAUAUAGGUUGUUAUACGGGACUCAGUGCGAUGGCUUGGUACGAGGGAACUGCUGCGAGCCGAGGCCAGAUAAUUACAAUCGAAAUGGACGAAGCUCUCGCUGCCAAGGCACAAGCUAGAUUUCAGUCUACUGGGCACAUGGAUCGGAUCCGGGUGAUACACGCCUCGGCUGAAGAUGCAUUGCAACAAUUGAUCGAACCUUUCGAUAUCAUCUUCGUCGAUCUAGAAUUCUCCGCGUACAAACCCAUCGUCUCCAAAAUUCUGGACCGCGGUCUCCUGGCACAAGGAGGUGUCAUACUGGUCGACAACGUGUUUGCGAGAAGUUUCGCCGUCAGUUCCCACAACACCACGAAUCUUCCAGAGCCGCUGGAUUUGCAUCACUGGGAACAGGCUGGGGAGCUGGUUAGGGAGUUCAAUGCUUUCGUUGCGUCUGAUCCUAGGGUUGAGGUUAAUGUGCUCCCGAUUUUCGAUGGGGUGUCGGAGAUUCGAUUGAAGUCGGAUUCGAGACAACGAUUGUGA